CGAGAGGAAGGGGAAGGAAGAAAAAAAAGUCGCCGGAAGUGUGCGUCACUUCCUGGCUGUGCAUCUGACGUGGUCUAAAACAGUUUUGCACCGGUGGUGGAUUUUCUCCUCGUCGUGUUGAAGUAUUACCUGAUACGCGGAGGCAAGAUGCUGGACUUCUUCACCAUCUUCAGCAAAGGGGGGAUCGUGCUGUGGUGCUUCCAGGGGGCCGGGGUCAGCGACUCGUUCGCGGGGCCCGUCAACGCCCUGAUCCGCUCCGUGAUCCUCCAGGAGCGAAGUGGGAACAAUUCGUUCAAUCACGAGGCUCUGAGUCUGAAAUACAAGCUCGACAAUGAGUUCGAGCUCAUAUUUGUGGUGGGCUUUCAAAAGAUCCUGACUCUGACGUACGUGGACAAGUUCAUAGACGACGUGCAGCUUCACUUUCGAGAUCUGUACAAGAACGUGCUGGAGCAGAAGGGAGCUCCGAAGCUGCUCAACAACAGCUUUGAGUUCGAGGACGACUUCAAGAUGCUGCUCAGGGAGGCGGAGGAGAGCGGCAAAGCUCGGAGCCCCGUCGCCAUGCGGACCUUUAAGGAGUCCGAGAAAUCCCAAAAAACUGUGAAGUCCAUGAUCGAGACGAAGGGAGGGGACAAGGGCAAGGAACCGGGUGGCAAGAAGAACAAAAAUACCAAAAAAGAGGCAGCUCCUGCAGCUGAGCCUGCCAAAGGUGACCAGGGGAAGGUCGCGUCCUCCGGGCAGAAGGCGGUCGAGAACGGCAACCAGGGCCUGAGCGCCGAGGAGGUCAUGCAGAAGAAGAGAGAGGAAUUCUUUCGCAAACGCAUGGGGGGAACGGCACCUACUGAAAAACCCAGUAAGUCUCCAAAGCCUCAGAAACCAAGGGAGAAGCAAAGGCGCGUCUGGGACAUGGGCGGCAGCAGCCCCAAAGAACUGGACUACAGUGAGCAGAAGGGAGGCGUGAACAGCGGCGAACCGAGAGAGGAGGCCAACAAUAACCCAGGAAUGCAAUUGAGCUCCAUGGAGGGAGAGCUGCUGCCCAUGGACUACGAGUCCAGCAAGGACGAGCUGGAGCUGGAGCUGGAAGAGGAGGAGGAAGAGGAAGAUGAUGAGAGAGUGGUUGUCAACAACACAAGAAAGACAAGCUCUAAAAAGGGCGGCAGUUUUGGGGGCAUGUUUGGAAUGCUGAAGGGCCUGGUGGGCUCCAAGAGCCUGAGCCCCGAGGACAUGGAGCCUGUGCUGGAGAAGAUGAGGGACCACCUCAUCGCAAAGAAUGUAGCAGCCGACAUUGCCUCCCAGCUCUGUGACUCCGUGGGCAAAAAACUGGAGGGCAAAGUCAUGGGCACGUUCACCACUGUGGCCUCAACGGUGAAGCAGGCCCUGCACGACUCUCUGGUGCAGAUCCUGCAGCCCAAGCGGAGGGUGGACAUCCUGAGGGACGUGAUGGACGCGCAGAACCAGCGGAGGCCCUUCGUCAUCACGUUCUGUGGCGUCAACGGGGUCGGGAAGUCCACCAACCUGGCCAAGAUUUCCUACUGGCUGAUCGAGAACGGCUUCACGGUGCUGAUCGCCGCCUGCGACACGUUCCGUGCCGGCGCGGUGGAGCAGCUCCGCACUCACCAGCGCCACCUGAACGCCCUGCAUCCCCCUGAGCAGCACGGAGGACGGCUGGUCGUCCAGCUCUACGAGAAGGGCUACGGGAAGGACGCGGCCGGCAUCGCCAUGGAGGCCAUCGCCUACGCCCGUAACCAGGCCUUCGAUGUGGUGCUGGUGGACACCGCCGGGCGUAUGCAGGACAACGCCCCCCUGAUGACGGCACUGGCCAAACUCAUCGCGGUCAACAUGCCCGACCUCGUGCUGUUUGUCGGGGAGGCGCUGGUGGGCAACGAGGCGGUUGACCAGCUGGUCAAGUUCAACCAGGCUCUGGCGGACCACUCCAUGUCCGACAAGCCGCGGCUCAUCGACGGUAUCGUUCUCACCAAGUUCGACACCAUUGACGACAAGGUCGGUGCAGCCAUCUCCAUGACGUACAUCACAGGCCAGCCCAUCGUGUUCGUGGGCACGGGGCAGACCUACAACGACCUGCGCAGCCUCAACGCCCGGGCCGUGGUCGGAGCCCUGAUGAAGGCUUAAAGUGGCUGCAAAGUUCUCCUCUUUUUCUUCAUCAUCGCUAAAAAAUUAUUAAGCCAACAACAACAACAACACACCGUUUCUGCCACACUGCCAUGAGAUGUUCCAGAGCCUGCUAAGCCUGUGUUCCUCAUCCCCCCGUCCCGCCUGCUCUUACCUUCCUGCGCCAAAAACGAAGAACUUGUGUCAUGGACGAGUGUUGCACUUUGAAGGACACGAGGCCAGAGGGAACCUCCCCCUUUUUUGCAUCACUUUUGGGCCAAAACUGAAGAAAAAAAAAACACGUACCUCAGAUCAGUUCCGAGUUUUUGAAAGCCGCAUCUGAAUGACAUUGUAGCUGACUUAAAUGGAUCUAGGCUGUAAUAUGUUGGGUUUACACAGUUAAGACGAAAACAAAGCAAAAAGUCCUCCGCCCCGGCAUCUCGUCAGUCAGUUUUCCACCUCCCCUCCUCUUUACGUAAAUGGGGUCAGGCCCCUGAAGGCUGACUGGAUGUGACACUUCAGCAGCUGCCGGCGCCUGAGGAAAGCUUAGUGACCAUAGUGCCUAUAUAUCUUUCCUUCUCCGGUCUCGUUAGUUAAAACACUUUCACUACAUGGGUCACGAGAACCAUGACAUGACGGUUCAGGUCUGAAACUGCUCCCCCUAGAGGAGGGGAUCUGAAUCUGCCUACUACAGUCAGCCAGUUCAGUAUCAGGUUCCACGGAUGUUGUGCUCCCCCCUGUUAGAAAAGAAGAAGAAAAGGUUGUUAGGGUUCAAUCUAGGCUGGUGCGUCGUAAAGUGGUGGAGUUCGACAACAUCUAAACACGCUAACAACGUUGUCAGUACAACACGGAGACUACGACCCCGUCAGUUCGAUUCAAAACACGUUCUGUUUAAAUCUUUUCUAGUUCCUACAGGUUCUUUGCCGUCGUCACACUCUGGAGGAGGAGCCUUUUUUAUUUAUGUUCCUUGGUGAUUUAAAGGAGGAAACAUUCAACUCAUCUCUACCCUCCCUCUCAAUGUGUGGUACUGCAUUAUAAGAGAGAACAGAAGGUUGGGAGCUAAUUUAUGAGAAUGUAAACAUUUCUAAAAUAAAGCUAUUAUAUGUGA